AUGAAAGACAUCUGGCAGACCGAAACAGAGGUUCCUUUGCUGGUAUAUGAGUGUAUAAGUAAUGACACUUUGUUUGAUCAAAUUCAUGUUCAAAAUUCCUUACUGUCUUGGGAGAAACGAAUGAAGAUUGCUCUGGAAACAGCAAAUGGACUUGCCUAUUUGCAUUUUAAAACUGAAGUGCCCAUUUUGCACAGGGACAUUAAGUCUUCAAAUGUCCUUUUAGAUAACAACUUCACUGCCAAAAUUGCUGAUUUUGGAGCUUCUAGGCUGAAGCCCAUUGAUGAAACCCAUUUGACCACAUUGGUUCAAGGAACUUUAGGAUACUUGGACCCUGAAUACUUCCACACUAGUCAGUUAACUGACCGGAGUGAUGUGUACAGUUUUGGGGUAGUUCUUGCAGAACUAAUCACUGGGAGGAAAUCUGUUUCAUCUGAAAACCCUGAGUGUGAGAGGAAUUUGGCAAAGCUUUUUGUCACUGCAGUUAAUGAAGAAGGCAUCGAUAAAAUCCUUGAUGAUUAG